CUGGAUGGGACUGGACGAUUGACUUGCUUUAACUCUGUGCUUUGGGACACUACGUCAUCCCACUGUCAUCUACGAACCCCCUUCAGAGGGGUAUAAAUUCCAGCAUCUUCGCUCUCUGUACGUUCAGCACCCAAUCAGUCGAUCUCAAUCUAUCCAACCCGCGAACGACGAACGAAAGAUGUCAACCGAGUUCACCACUACUGCUGUUCCCCAGUCGGGCGUCAAUGCUAGGAAGGAAGACGCCGAAGCUGCUCAGUCGGAACAGAGCAGGCGUAUCCCCCAGUCGGAGGUGGACGACCUUGGUGGACAGGGGAAUGUCGUUGAAGGGUAUACGAGGGGGAAGAAGGUGGACGCUUUUCGCCAGGAGAGGGAAGUUGAUGAGGCUGUCGAGAGGGCUAUGGAGCAGGACGAGGGGAUGAACUGAGCUUGUUGGAUGCGAGCUGGGAUCGGUGCCGGUCUCUGUUCUCAUGUCAUGUCAU